UUUUCCUUCUAUACAUAUAUGCAUAUCUAGUUAACGAAGAAAUAUGUUGAGAACUGUAGCACUGAAACUGUUGCUUGUGAUCGUGGGAGUUUUAGUAGGACAUGCCUAUUGUAACCUUGCUGAUGAGCUCGGAGACUGCCUGCCCUCUCUGCCGCGGACACAGUUCGUAAAGUCAUAUAAUGAUGUUUGUCUGUACCUAAUAACGGGCAAACGAUCGUGGAACAAUGCCAAUUCCAACUGCCACCGAAAUGGAGGUCGUUUGGUGCAGAUUCAGGACCAAGACAAACAGGACUUCGUCUACAAUACACUGAAGUCCAUGCACUGGGAAGACAGGGGUGUGUGGAUAGGAGCAACUGACCACGACAGUGAGGGUACAUGGAAAUGGACAGACGGUACGAAAUUGUCCUACGGUCACUGGCAUCCAGGUGAGGGACCGACUCAUGGAUUCCUCUUCUCUAAGGCUGGAUACGAGGACUGCGCUCUAAUGCGGAUCGAUGACAGCGGGAGGUGGCACGACUAUGACUGCGGAACUAUUCUCUAUCAUCACACAUCUAUAUGUGAAUACAAAAAAGUUUUUCGUCCCACAGUAUAUUCACCGACGUCUACAACAACUAUGUCGACAACGCUUCCAACAACAAAACUUAUCCCUCCUGUUACGCCUAUGCCUACAACUGCAACAACAACUAUGUCGAAAACAACAGUUGUUCCGACAACAUAUAUACCAACUACUAAAACAGAUAUGCCGACUACAUCAACAACAAUGUCAACUACUACUAUGACAACUAUGCCAACUACAACAACAACUAUGCCAACUACAACAACAACUAUGCCAACUACAACGACUACAACUAUGCCAACUACAACGACUACAACUAUGCCAACUACAACGACUACAACUAUGCCAACUACAACAACAACUAUGCCUACUACAACGACAACAACAAUGCCAACUACAACGACAACAACUCUGCCAACUACAACGACAACAACCAUGCCAACUACAACGACAACUCAAAUGAAGACAACAGCAAAGCCUGCUGUUACAACAACGUUUGGUGGCAUCAAAAUUGAAUUCGGUGCAACACCCAUAGCCAAGAAAAGAAAGGCAGAAUUGGACAGUAUUGAUGCGGCACUCCUGAGCAGACACGAUGACACCAACGACAGUAGUACAGGACCAUACAUUGCUAUUGGUGCUAGUAGCUGUGGAGUGGUUGUUCUAGUGGUGGCAAUCAUAGCACUGAUACUGAGACGUCGCAAGAGCCAGUCAGUUGCAGAAACAUACAACCCAACAGCUAACUCAAGAGAAAAAAUCCAAUAUACGAUAUCAUGCAUGGAAAUGGAGCCAUCCCAGAAAAUAGCUACGCAUAAGUGAUGAUCAUGUGAGGUUCAAGUCAUGUAAUGUUUAAACAACUGCUAAAGUGGUAUGCACUAUAAAGUAUUGUUCGACUAAAUCUCCUGAUCUCUAUCUGUUUGUUUGUCAACUUCUGCUAUGAGAGGUCAGGGUUAAUCGUCAUACCACAUGUACAUGGAUCUAAUGAAAGCUCAUUUUAAUCAUAUAUACACGGAUUACUAGCGUCUUUAUCUCGGUUAUCUGAGUUCGCUAUCAAUGUACCAGUUUGUGUACGACAACUCUGACUCAAAUACAAACAAAGCAUGUCAAUAUCACAUAUCCUAUAAUCAUUAUACGUUCAUCUGAGGGAGAGAGAAAGAAGUCGUGAGCGGUAAAGUCAAGAAUGAAAACUGAAGUGAGAGGAAGGGCGUUUCUGGGGGAGGCAUAGGAAUGAUGAGAGGCAGAACAAAUACGUUAUGAAAGACUGGUUUAUCGCCCAAAGAACAGUUAGUGAACGAAGGAAUUCGAGAGGGUAAAAGGUAUGAAGAGAGUAAUAUCGCGAGGAAGCAGGUAAGUAAGAGUGUCAGGUCUAGAAGAAGAAAUGAAUUUAGAUAGCGGAGUCGAGAUGUAGAACUGAGAAAUGAAAGCCGAAAGGAAAAAAUACGAGGUUGAGAGAGGAACAUCAAUUAGUUAAAACGGGAACGACAGAGGAUGGUUUAGAGGUGGCAAGCUAGUGACAAUUUGAAAGG